AUGCCACACGGUAGCUCGAAUGGCGAUGUUCAGUUGAAUCUGACACUGUUAGAUGUCAUGAGUCGCGAUGUGAAGCUGAACACCGCUCUGUUCAGUACUUUACAGACGGAUGUCCACAUUAUACAGAACAACCUCAGUUUCACAUCCUCGGAAGUUGCAGCUCUGAAAAGAAACAUGUCUGGUGUUGCAACAAAGAUCCCAGAUGUGGCUUUCCAAGCACAUGAUCCACCCAGCCAUACACCUUCAUCAUCCCCAGUGCUAUUCCAGUUGGUAAACUACAACGCAGGCUCCGGAUACAACAGCAACACAGGGAAGUUCACUGCGCCAGUCAGCGGUACCUAUAUCUUCUGGACACAGCUUGAAAUGGGCGGAGGAUCGAACACUGCCUUGUACGUCUACAUAAAAAGGACAGGAGGGAUGAAUAUGGCGGCUGGUUACAUGGAAACAUUGUCAACUUUUGGUGAUGUUGAUGCUUCUGCCCAAACUGUUGACCAUCUGGAGAAGGGACAAGAGGUAUGGGUGGAGAUUACUACCACAUAUGAAAUCUACCAUAGUGCAUCGUAUUUCGGUGGUGCCCUUCUGUCCGUAUAGGGUGAUGAAUGUAACAGUAAUUACAAGUGAGGCAGGUUAGUUUUUGGCAUUCCUAUUUAAAUAUUAUAGCCAAAAUCUUAAAACAAUGUUAACAAAAUUAUCUUUGUUGUUGUCAAAAAUGUUGUAUAAAAACAUGUUUGCGUUU